AUGCCCGAGCUACUUAGUCCGAGCGGUCCAAUGACCAGGUCGAAAACAAGGAUGGCCAAGGCAGGCGAAUCGCACCUCCUCGCUCUCCCGGUCGAGCUGAAGAUCCAGAUCUUCCAGUCCUGCUCAUCGUUCACAUCCGGUUCCCGUCUCGCAAGGACCUCAAAGCACCUAUACGGAAUAUGGAACAAGCACCUCAACGCCAUCUACAGCGGUAUCGCGCCGGUCGCGAUAAAGGAGCACUCAGCGUUGUGCGAUAUGCUCAAAGACCUUGAACGCAUUCCUUCUGAUAACCGACUGAUGGAACGUGACCAUCUCAUCAGCGUUGUAGAAGCCUCCUCGAUCGGAACCGACUUCGUCGAUGCGUACCACGUGAACAUGCCGGUCCAGCCAUACCACGAUCCGCAAACACCCCAGACCCUAUCGCCCGCCGAAGAGCGGCGCUUCAUUCGUGGCCACUACCAAAUCCUGGGCCUGCUAUACAUCGGCAAAGCCGCGCAGCAGAAACGCAUCAAGCAGCUCAACCUGAAGACGCUUUUCCUCCUCUCCGAUUUUCUGUGUGUUUUCGACGUCGGCGUCUCCGAGGACGAGCAGAUUGCGGAUAUGCUAGAUAAUGAUCCGACCGCAUACCGGUAUUUGCAGGUCGAGCUGCGGCAGCAGCGGAAUAAGGUGUUUCGGGAGCUGUACGGCCAUGGGUACAGGCCGCGGUCGCAUACCCCGUUUCAGGUAAACGGACGGUACGCGUGGUGGUGUGAUCGGCAGCAAGAGACGCUCAGGGAGAUGUUAACUGGGAGGGUGUUUCGCGGGGAGAACGACGAGGUUGACAUGUCGAAGGUGAGAGAUGACAUGUGGUAUGACAGCGACGGGGAGUGA